AUGUCGAUGGCUAGUCUCUUUGGGUUAUCUACACCAGUAGAUAUUGAAGUUAUCUUUUCAAAUGAAGAGCAGAGAAAGCAUAUGGAAGUCAAGGUUGAGAAGGAUAAAAAGGAAAACUACCCAGUCUUUCUCGAUGGAGAAACUGUUGCUGGAAAGGUCAAUAUAAGCUUAAAGGAUGGAAAAAAGUUAGAGCAUAAUGGCAUCAAAGUUGAGUUUAUUGGCAGCAUAGAGCUCUUUUAUGACAAGGGGAAAUCACACGAGUUUUUGACUUUAUCUCAGGAACUUGCUGCUCCAGGCGAGUUGCGUCAAAAUGCAGCUUUUGAAUUCGAGUUCAAGAACGUUGAGAAGCAGUAUGAAUGUUAUAACGGUAUCAAUGUGAAGCUGAGAUACUUUGUCCGUGUUACUGUCGCUCGUCGCUUGGCAGACAUAAUCCGUGAAAGAGACAUGUGGGUAAACUCUUACAGAAUGCCUGUUGAAGUGAACAAUUCGAUCAAAAUGGAGGUCGGCAUUGAAGAUUGUCUUCACAUUGAAUUUGAAUACAACAAAUCAAAAUACCAUUUGAAGGACGUCAUUGUUGGAAAAAUCUACUUUUUGCUGGUUCGUAUCAAAAUCAAAACAAUGGAACUCUCGAUUAUUAGACGUGAGACAACUGGUGCUUUGCCUAAUGUAUAUAAUGAAAGCGAGACGAUAACCAAGUUUGAAAUUAUGGAUGGAGCACCUGUUCGAGGCGAAACUAUUCCAAUCCGUCUGUUUCUUGGAGGUUUUGAGUUAACACCUACAUUUAGAGAUGUUAACAAGAAAUUCUCUACAAGAUAUUAUCUGAAUUUAGUCUUGAUUGAUGAAGAAAACCGACGCUACUUUAAGCAGCAAGAAAUUACUCUGUUUAGACGAAAGGUUGAUGACGGUUACCCUCCUGAUGAUGAAGAGUAA